AUGGACGGUCUCCGCGAACAGAAAGCUUUACUACGAAAGGCCGUGAGAGCUCAGCUAGCCAAACUCAGCGCCGAUGAGAUCAACCAGCAAUCAGAGUCGAUCACAGAGCAAGUCAGGGAUCUGGCAGCAUAUCAGAACGCGCGGGCUGUGUGUGUGUUUCUGUCAAUGCCGGGUAAAGAAGUCUCGACCAGCGCACUCGUUCUUGAUGCGUUCAAGGACGGCAAGUCGGUCUAUGUGCCCUACAUCCAUGCUGUCGGUGAAGGUAAGCAGAAGGAGAAAGUCAUCGAUAUGCUGAAGCUUUGGGAUAAGAACGAUUUCGAUUCUCUGAUACCUGAUUCAUGGGGUAUUCCGUCGCUCGACCACGAGUCGGUGGGACAGCGAGAUAAUGCCCUUGGAGGCAAAGGCCCUCAGAAGACAGGAGAGGGUCCCCAGGAAAUGUCGCCGGAGCUUGAUUUGAUCUUCAUGCCUGCUGUCGCCUUCGAUCGGUCCCACCGCCGCUUGGGUCACGGUAAGGGCUUCUAUGACAGGUACCUCCAGAAAUAUCACUCAGCGGCCACCAUCACCGGUCGAACUAUGCCUGCUCUCGUCGGCCUUGCUCUUCAACAACAAUUGCUCCCAAUCUCAGAGGAUGUGCCAGUUGAUAGGUUUGACUGGCUAGUAGAUAGCGUAGUUGUCGCGAAAUGA